CACUGACUGCAUGCACAUCCUUCCCACUAUCCUCCCUCCCUGGGAUACCUAAACUCAAUCCGCUCCUCCACGGUCAUGCCGCCUCAGUCUCACGAUGGCCCAACCACCGAGGACUGGCCCGGGGAGACCCCGGCGAACAACACCACCCAUGGCCGGGGCAUCAAUCGGCGCACGCGGGUUCGGGACCGGGGGAUGAACACCGGGGUGCGGGUGAUGGACGACGGCCGCCUCGACAUCAAAUUCCACGAACACAAACCCUGGGUCGCCAAGAUCAUCCAACACCUACAACGUCAGCCCGAGCCGCUAGACAAAGACCGCCAACCCUCCGUCUGCCCCCACGAAGGCGAUUCCCCGUGCACCCUAAAACUCAACAUCGUCAUCCAAGUCGUCGGCUCGCGCGGCGAUGUCCAGCCCUUCAUCGCCCUCGGCAAGGUCCUCAAAUCGCAUGGCCACCGGGUCCGUCUCGCCACGCACCUCGCCUUCCGCGAGUCCAUCGAGAACGACGGCCUCGAGUUCUUCAACAUCGGCGGCGACCCCGCCGAACUCAUGGCCUUCAUGGUCCGCAACCCGGGCCUGAUGCCGCACAUGAGUACCAUCCGGAGCGGCGCCAUCCGGCGGCGGCGACGGGAAAUGAAAACCAUCUUCUCCGGCUGUUGGCGAUCGUGCUUCGAGACCGGCGAUGGGACCGGCAUGCAUCGCAUCGCCGAGGAUCCCUGGAAUGAGACCGCCGAUUAUCGGUCCAUGCCGUUUGUCGCGGAUGCCAUUAUCGCCAAUCCGCCGAGCUUUGCCCAUCUCAGCUGUGCGGAGAAGCUGGGCAUUCCGUUGAAUAUGAUGUUUACGAUGCCCUGGUCGGCGACGCAGGCUUUUCCGCACCCGUUGGCGACGAUCCGUACGAAGAACACCAAGCCCUCGGCCGCGAACUUUGCCUCCUAUGCGGUUGUCGAGGUCAUCAUGUGGGAGGGGUUGGGGGAUUUGAUCAAUAAUUUCCGGAAGCGAGAGUUAGGGCUCGACCCGUUGGACGCGAUUCGGGCGCCGAGUAUUGCGCAUCGCUUGCGUAUUCCGUACACAUAUCUCUGGUCCCCAGCCCUCCUCCCCAAGCCCGGAGACUGGGGCGACAACGUCGACGUGGCCGGCUUCGCGUUCCUCGACUCUGCAUCCGACUACACGCCGCCCGACGAGAUCGCCUCCUUCCUCAAAGCCGGACCACCGCCCAUCUACGUCGGAUUCGGGUCCAUCGUAGUUGACAAUCCGGGCUCGCUGACGAAAAUCGUGUUCGCCGCCAUCCGCGAGACCGGGCAACGGGCCAUCGUCUCCAAGGGCUGGGGCAACCUCGGGGCUGACGAGCAUGACAUCCCCGACAACAUCCUCAUGAUCGGCAAGUGUCCACACGACUGGCUCUUCCCACGCGUCUCCUGCGUCAUCCACCAUGGCGGAGCCGGCACCACCGCCGCAGGACUGGUCCUGGGCCGUCCCACCGUCGUGAUCCCCUUCUUCGGCGACCAGCCCUUCUGGGGCUCCAUUGUCGCUCGCGCCGGCGCGGGCCCCGUCCCCGUCCCCUACAAGCAGCUGACGGUGGAAAAGCUCACCGCGGCUAUAAACAAAGCCCUGGAACCGGAGACACUGGAGAAGGCUAAGGAGAUCGGUGAGGAGAUGCGCACGGAACAGGGUGUUCGGAACGCGGCGGCGAGUUUUUACAAUCAUCUUGAUUCGAAGAGUCUGCGGUGCUCGAUCUGUCCUCAUUUACCAGCGGUGUGGUGGGUAAGACACUCGCAUAUCAAGCUGAGCACAUUUGCUGCGGCGGUCUUGGUGGAGACGGGGCUGGUCGAGUCGCGGAAUGUGGUCUUAUACCGCUCCCGCGAAUACGACACGAAUCGAGACCCCCGAGGCCCUCUAACAGCAGGCGCAGAGGUCCUCUACGGCAUCAUCUCCGGGUUCGUCAGUGGCAUCGCCGACGUGCCCGGUGGGAUGGCGGGCAUUUUCUCGACCACGCACGAGGGCCGGCUGCACCGGAGACACGAUUGGAAGAAAUCGCGUAGUCCGGAAUACCUGAAGGAACGGUCGUCAGUGCGUCGUCGCCAUCGCACAAUGUCGUCGCUGGACUCGGGGGUCGGACACGACGUGGUGAACCAUGCGAGCCCGGAGCCAAGAUCAGAGCACGACACGGACACAGACACAGACACGACACCCGAUGAGCCCUCCUCCGCGACCUCCAACAACCCCGACUCGCGAUCCAUGGAAUCCGACGAGGCAUAUCACUCUGCCGAUGAAUCUAUCCCCAAUAGUAGCAACAGCAACAGCAACAAUGAUAAUACUACCACCACCACCACAACCCCGACGCAAGGAGAAACCACCGCGCGAGAAUCAAGCCCCCGAUCAAGCACCAUCUCCGCCAGCACCGAUACCCUCACCAUGGACGCAGACAGUCUCGGUGCAGACCUCGACCUCGAGCGAACGGUCACGCGACUCCGCACGCGCGAGAUGUCCAACACGAAGGAAUUCCUCGCAGAGACGUCCUACCACAGCAGCCAAGCGGCCAAACACGUGUUGAACUGGAUCAUCAUGUUGCCGACUGAUAUCACGCUGACGCUGUCUCGGGGGUUCCAUAACGCCCCGAAGCUGUAUAAUGAUUCGUUGGUGGAGGAUACGCCGAAGGUGUUGGGGGUGCGGAGUGGAUUUAGGGCCGCGGGGACGGAACUUACGCAUGGAUUUUAUAAUGGGGUGACAGGGCUAGUCACGCAGCCAAUGAUCGGGAUGGAGAAGUCCGGGGGGGCGGGGCUGUUGAAGGGGGUGGGUAAGGGGGUGGGGGGUGUUUUCCUGAAGCCGAUGGCGGGACUCUGGGGGCUGGCUGGAUAUCCGCUGGACGGGAUCCAUAAGAAUCUCCGGAACUCGCUGGCCAAGAGCAAGACCAGGGAUAUCAUCACGUCGCGGAUGAGACAGGGGAUUGAGGAGAUGUGUGCAGCCACGACGCAGCAGCGGUCCGCAGUGAUCCAGAGAUGGCGGGAGCUGCAGGGGGGGUGAAUAGGUGAAUAGCUUUUUUUAUGAUGUUCUGUUGUGAAUAUACCCUGUCUGGAAGCACUCGGAUGUGUAUAGUAUUUCAGGUCAAUGGAUAUAUAAUAUGGACCCAUUGGCCACAUAGUAUUGACAGUAAUACUUUAU